UAUCUCGUGCAGCCAACAGACAUGGCAAAGAUAGCCUCGUGCAGGCCGAAAACAAUGGGAACAAAACACAGGGACCUGUUUUCAGGCACAGGGAACUCCUAGGUAGCCGCGCUGGCGGUUUCUUUCGCGUUUAAUUCGUCUCGUCUCCGCCAGCAAUCCCAGCUCUCCAUGUAGCAGCCAACUGUAUCAUUAGCUGCAUCACCAGGGGAUUGAGGCAAGAUGUGAGACGAUUAUAACGAUUAGGAGAAGGAUAGGUGGAAAGAGAGUUAGAGUCGAGAGUUUGUGGAGGCACCAGAGGAGUUAUAUAAACAGUUCACGAUAUCCCCUCUGUUACCAUCCUCCUUUUCAUCAUCACUCACAACAAAUACUACAACACACUCUCUCUACACUACUCUCCUUUCCAAACACCGCCACUUUCUCUUACAAACAAGCAAAAAAGCUUCACUCGUUUCUCCAAUCAUCAACAUGGUCCGCACUACUAUCGCCGCUGUCCUUGCUUUUGCCGCCAUCACCAUGGCUACUGGCGUUGACCCUGCUGGUGAGAAGAAUUUUGCCAACGGAAAGGGUCUCCAGUUCAUCUUUGGUCGCUGCAAGGACAACAGCGACUGUGCCUCCGGUUGCUGCGCCGGCCUCGGUGACACUGCCGUCUGCUCCGGUCCCGCCGUUGGCAACGCUGCCGGCAAGCGUGGAUGUGGUUUCCCUUACGGAGGUGCCGGUGCAGCGACUCCCCCUCCCGCCAAUGCUCCCGCCACUCCUCCUGCUGAUGCUCCUCCCGCUCCUCCUGCUGAUGCUCCUGCUACUGAUGCCCCCCCGGCUGAUGCUCCUCCGGCUGAUGCUCCUCCGGCUGACUCUCCUCCUGCCGACGCUCCUCCUGCAGAUGUCCCUCCUGCGAAUGCUGCUCCUCCUCCUCCCGCUGCUCCUCGCCCUGAAGGCUGUGCUCCCUGCCCUGCUGGCUUCCAGUAAAUGCAUCAGUAUCCUGCGGAAUGUCUCCAACAACAAUGAUCUUGUCACUCUUUUAAACUUUCUAUCUUUCAAAAACUUCUCCUCGGAACGCUUCACUCUCUUAACAACGUCGAUUCGCUCCUUUGACAUCACCUCUCUCUUCAAAACCUUCCGUUCCAACUUACCUUCGCUCUUCGAUAACACUCGCCUAAUAUCUCUCAGACUCGCUCCUUAACAACCGCCAUAAUACCUGACUUCGGCCAUUCGUUUGACGCUCCUUCUUUUUUGACGAUACCCUGCUUAUGACAUCAACCCACCCUCGUUUUCACUUCUCAACACAGCUAGUCGUUUCAUUCUUGCUACAAAAAGUCACUCUUUAAACUACGCAUGUCGCAAUCUUCACCCUCAUUAUACUACUUUCGUUUACAACCAGUCAUUCCUUUAUACUCUGCCAACGAUCUGUCCUUCGCUAUCAACUUGCUACAACUAGUCAUUCGCUUAUACCUUGCCAUCCUAAUACGGCCCGUCCUUCGCUCUCAACUCGCAGCAACCAUUCAUUCGUUUCCACUGCAACUUUCUAUAUCCGCUCGUUUUUCAAUCAAUCACUAUCGAACUCCACAUUCAUUUAUUGUCGACUUUCCAUUAUUACUCAGUCUUUUCCGUCUGUAUAUCAUGCAGUUAUCUAUCGUCAACCACCUUCUUUAUGCGACCUAUACCAUGUCUCUCACUCUACACCUUACACGACCCUUCUUCUUCAUUGUUGUUGCACAACCCACUUUGAUUUCAGCUAUAAAACGAUUUGACUUUUUUGCGAUUAUUUAAUUUUUUUUUCUCGGCGCUUUGCCGCACAGCAUUUGUUCUUCGGCGUUAUUUCUGAUGCCCCGUCGGCCAGCGUCUGUGUCAUCACAGCAGUCUUUCUUUUGGCCAAUUUGCAUGGAGUUUGGAGUAUCAAUGUUCGAUAUCAAUAACUUGAUAGUUUUUUUUAACAAUACAAUCUUUUCAUUAAUCUAAAAAAAAAUCCCGC